AUGGAUUCCUAUCCAUAUAUGCAGAAUCCAAAGUUUGUUGAUUUACUCAAUAGUCAACAAGAUAUUGCCUUUGGAUCCUAUGAAGAUAGUGUCGACCUCUCUUCAACCCAAGUUCCUUUUCUUGCCAGUCAAGGUACAGAUGAUUCAGCCUUCGUUAGAGACACUCCUGCUAACCGUAGAGAAAGAAAAAAAUGGACACCAGCGGAUGAUGUUGUGCUGAUCAGCUCGUGGUUAAACACGAGCAAAGAUGCAGUAGUUAGCACUGAGCAAAAGUCAAGCACUUUCUGGACAAGAGUAGCAGCUUACUUUGCGGAAAGUCGUCAAGAUGGUGGCUGCGAACAGAGAGAGGGUAGUCAUUGCAAGCACCGUUGGCACAAGAUCAAUGAUCUCGUUUGCAAGUUCUGUGGAGCCUAUGAAGCUGCAAGCAGAGAGAAGACUUCUGGUCAAAACGAAAACGAUGUGCUCAAACUAGCUUAUCAAAUAUUUUACAACAACCAUAAGAAGAAAUUCCUCAUUGAACAUGCUUGGAAGGAGCUGAGGAACGACCAGAAGUGGUGUGAGCUUUCAUCUGCUAAGGACGAAGGAACCUCUAAAAAAAAGAAAAUGUGA